GUAUGAAUGUACCUAUGUAUUUACCCGGCAUGCUCCAAGCUCCGGCUCCGUCUCGCUCCGAGCUCCGAUUUGCCCACGUUCCUGGGAUUUCUGUCCUGAACCUUGGUUGUCAAUUUGUCAUCCUUUUUCCGGGCCGCCGCCGCCGCCGCGGCCUGUCUCGAUCUAUCUCUGGAGCAUAGAUUUUCGCGGGAUUUUUAUUUAGACCCCUAGAGAAUGGCAGAGGAGGAGUCUGAGGAAAAGGAGUACCGUUGGGAAACUGGUUACGAAAAGACAUGGGAAGCGAUCAAGGAAGAUGACCAUGGUUUGUUAGAAGCUUCCGUUGCAGACAUUAUUCACAAUGCCAAGAGAAAGCGUCAGUUGGAAAGAAAACAAGGUGCCAGGUUAGGAAUGAUGAGGCACCUUUAUAUUAUCUUGGAUGCUUCCGAGUCAAUGUCGAAUCAAGAUUUAAAACCAACUCGUUUUCUGUGUUCUCUCAAGCUUCUAGAAGAUUUUAUCGAAGAAUUUUUUUAUCAGAAUCCUAUAAGUCAAUUAGGUGUAAUUAUAACUAGAAAUAAAAGGGCUGAGAAAGUUAGUGAUUUGGCUGGUAACUCAAAGAAGCACGUUAAGGAAUUACAGACGUUACAGCAAACUGUAGUAGGCGGUGAACCUUCUUUGCAAAACUCUUUAGAAUUGGCUACAAAAUUAUUGAAAUUAUUACCGUCUCACGCUAGUAAAGAAAUAUUGGUAAUUAUGGGGGCAUUGACUACAUGCGAUCCAGGAGAUAUCAAUGAGACGAUAAGAAAUAUGAAACUGGACGGUAUUAGGUGCAGCGUAAUAGGAUUGGCCGCUGAAUUAUACAUCUGUAAACGAAUGGCAAAUCUCACCGGUGGCGAACACAGUGUUGCGCUCGAUGAUAAGCAUUACAAGGAGCAAUUGAAUGCACAUAUAGAUCCUCCGCCUGCUGCAACGCGAUUAGAUGCAGCUCUUGUGAAAAUGGGCUUUCCUCAUCAUGCUUUACACUCUAGUGCGCCAGAUACAUCUAUGUCAGUGUGUAUGUGCCACGCACAAUAUUCCGAUGAAACGGUUAAACUGAUGACUACUGGCUACCUUUGUCCUCAGUGCCUCAGUAAACAUUGCGAGCUCCCUGUGGAAUGUAGAGCUUGUGGUCUUACUCUAGUAUCCGCUCCACAUUUAGCGCGAUCAUACCAUUACCUAUUUCCUGUUGAGCCUUUUAAAGAAACUGCAUCUGAGAGCGAUCAUUCUUUCUGCUUUGGUUGCCAAAAAAUUUUUGCUCAAAAUGACAAAAAGGUAUAUACUUGCGGAAAGUGUAAUCAAACGUUUUGUUUAGACUGUGAGAUAUUUAUUCAUGAGAUAUUGCAUACGUGUCCUGGUUGUGCAAUAAAUCCUGAAACAUACAAAAAGUCUAUAGAUAAAUCUUAAAAUCAUCCAUUUAAUGUAAAUUCUGUUAUAAAAACUGCCAAAGAGCAACCAAAAUUGUGUUACAUAUAUAAUAAUAACAUAACAGAAAAAUUAAUUUUACAAUAAUUUUAUUGUUUGCAUAUUAAUAUAAUUAAUUUAGUAGUUGCAACUACAUUUGCCAUUUGUUAAAAGAUGUAUAAUUCAGUAAACAAUUCUAUUGUCCAAUCCUAAUGCUAUCUAAUACUAUCUAAUAUCGUAUUUUAAAAAAUUUCAGAUGAAAUGUUUGAAGCAAAUAUUGUAAAUAUCAAAGCCCCAGUGAUUACUACUCGUAAUAUUUACUAGCGCAAAACAAUUAUGCUUUCGAUCGUAUUAUAACCAAUUCUAUAAAAUUUUGCAUAGAAGGUGUACCGCAGUGAACUAUAGUUUAUUGUAACGCUGGCAAUUCCCAUGAAUAAUGCAAACAAUAAAAUUAUAAUAGCUGUUAAAUUAAUUAUUACGUUAUGUUAGAAUUGAAACUAGAUAAAAUCUAAAAACACAUUAUUUCGGUUCAAGUAAAAAUAAUAAUCAAGGUAAAGAAGAGAUUACAACCAACUUGUGCAUUGGUUAAAUGGAAAUUAAAACCUUGUAAUAUUGAUAUGUGUGUAAGUACACUAAUGUAUAAAAAAUUUCUAUAAAUUUGUAUUUAUGUGAACAGUAA